AUGGCUCCACCUACCAACCUCAUAUUACGGUACACGAUGGACAAACAUCCUAAUAAUAUCUGUAUCAGCAUGCCACCCAACUCGAAGAAUUCCGAGUUAAAACCCGCUAUUCAUGUGUACCACAAAGAUGGCCCUCUGCGUGAGCUCACCACCGAAAUCCCCAUCUCCCCCCAUGAGACCGUCGAUGAACGUAUGAAAGUGAUGAAGCUGGAACAUGCUACUAUUGAGGAGGCCAAGGGAAAGGUUUGUUCAACCGCAUCUGACGCUGCGAGCUCAUGGGAGUCUCAAAAGCACGAACUUGAAAGGUCGAGGGACGAGGCAAUCGCACGCGCUGAUAAGGGAGACAAGCUGGUGCAAAGGCUACUGCGGGAAGACGUCUCUAAGCGUGAGGAGUAUCAGGCCCAAGAAUCUGAAAUGGAGUCUCUCAACAACAGAGUCAUGAACGCUGCUGUGAUCAACAAGACCGGUAGUACUAGUGCCUCUCCAACCACCGAAGAACUCUCAAAACUGCACACGCAAGAACUCAAGACUCUACACGCCCAGGUGACUGCCCUGCAUAAGGCAUCCAUCAAAGCAGCAGCCGACGCUGAAAUUAUGGCUGCCAAAGCGGAGGCUGCUGCUGUUGCUGCUUCCAAAAAGUCAAUGCAAGUUGUGACUGCGGCUUCCACCAAGGUAGCAGUUGAGACUAUAUCCUUGUUCUUGUGCUUUCUUCUUCUUUUUGGUGUCCUAUUUUUUUCGUCUAUUACGUAG